AUGCUUGUACCACUAUCUAAAAUAUCUGCAAAACUUCCAGCAUUACCAGUAGCAGUGAGACCUAUAUCAAAACGUCGACCUAGAGCAAAAAUGCCAAGCUUAGAAAUUACUAGCUCACCUGUGAAAUCUAUUUUAGAAACAAAAAUUAAAAACAUACUAUUUUGUGAGCAACAAAAAGAAGAACGGAUGAAUAAAAGAAACAUACCCUAA